AUGAAUGGAAGUCAUUUAAAUGAAGAAGGGUCACAAAUUGACCGAAGACCUAUUAUAACAUGCGCUGGAGAAAUAGAAGUGUUCUCUCUAAUAGAAGAUAAUUUGUCUGAUGCAUUGCCUCAGGAUAGUCACGAAUGGAGGAGAUCAUUUGGCAGGCCAGUACGAUCAGUCCAUAUUGGAGGGGUUUUCGUACCGUAUAGCCCAGCUGCUUUACCUAAACCCAACAGUUGGGACUUAAUUCGGCAGCCCGUGUUUCAUGUUUAUUGGACGGACUGUUCUGAUGUGGAAAUUUACAAAAGUAGUAUUAAGGAAGACAUUGAAAGUUGGCUUAAAGAAUUAAGUAGCAAGGAUAUCGUUGAUUGGUUAAUAGUAGUUGUUGAAAAUUUCGAUGGGAAACGUACAAAUAAAUUAUUGCCGAGAACAACAGUGUUAGAUAAAAUUAGAGCCGAUUUUGCCCCGAAACAAGGUGACCGCUGUGUGUCUGUGAUAAAUCCUGGAAAAAUCGAAUCUCGUUCUGCUGAUUCAUGGCGAGGCUUAGUCAAUAGAAUUAGACAUUUACUAUUAACGGCAUAUGCUAAAGCGAUAUAUAGAUUAGAAGAACAUGUGCGACAACAAAGAGAGAGAAGAAACGAACCGAGUUGGGAUUUUAUGCACUAUUUCUCGCUACAGGAAGAAUUAGCUCAAGUCCUGGAAAUGCUCCAGCUCUACGAUGAAGCUUUGAUCCAAUACGACGAAUUGGACGCCCUGUUUUCUCAAUUUGUAGCCAAUGGAAUAACAAGCGAUAGCGUAGGUUGGCUGAGCAACUUCCAGAAACCUUUGGCAAGAUGGCACGGACUCAAACUCGGAUAUUCCAAACUAUCCAACGAACCAUCUCUACUAGAACUAAGAGCUUACUUAUUCGCUAAACAAGCUCACAUGCUGCUGCUCACGAAAAAAGUCUGGGAGAUGGCGUCUCGCUCUUUACCAUUUUUGCACACUUGCUCUAAGGAAUUGGUAAUUUUAGAAGUAACUGCUCCGCCCGGUGCUGUGGAUUGUUGGCUAUUUCUAGCCGCUAUGGAGGUUCUUGUUACUUGUGAUAAACACAACCAUGCCGAGGAAGUCGAAGAAUACUCUUUACAUACGGCCGGCGUUUGGGAAUACGCCAGCCAGAAGAUUCGAAGUUUGGGUGAAUUGUGCGGCCUAAUGCCGGGAGAUUCGCCCGCAUCCGAACAACUCCAUAUGGUCGUCGAGUUAUCAGCCGGAAUGGGAGACAAUCCAGGUACAUCCGACAGUCCAUCGCCUACUGACAAACUAAAAAUCGCUCUGUGUUCAAAAGAAGCUUUCAACAAAAUGUACCUAGAGUUAGCCGAACUCGCCAUGGGCACGUACAAGCACAUCGGUCGCCUGCGAUCGGCUCGGCUCGUCGGUCGCGAGCUGGCCUCGUUCUACAUGCUCGUCGGCGAGACGCAGAAGGCGGCGGCGUUUCUCAGCGACGUCCUGAAGACGUUCGAGCAGGACGGUUGGCGCGAAUUGGCCGCUCAAACGCAGAUCGAACUGGCCGAAUGCUAUCUGAAAGCGGACGAUGCGAGGAAGUACGCGAGAGCAUGCGCGGCCGUCAGCGCUGCUCACGAAAUCGACACGCUGAUACGUUGGACUUACUUUGACGACAUGUGCAAAUGCGUGAAAUUGCUGAAGGAGCCCCUGAUCGUGCCUUUUAAUGAUAUUUUUAAAAUUUUAAGCGUGUAUAUAAAAAACGAGGGCGACGUAAUGCAAGACAAUGACAUUAACGUAGAAUUACUGAUCGAAUCGAACUUUCCUAAGGAAAUCCUUUGUACGAAAGUGGCCGUUACAUUGGAAAGCGCCUGCGAGUUUACCAAAGAUAGCAAGAAAACUCAGGAGAAGAUAUUUGCCGGUAGAUUGUUGACCAACAAGGACAUGCAAUCGCCCGAUAUGAUAUUGCAGAGAGUUAAAAUGAGGAAAAAUUUAGAUUUCAAACAAGAUAGGCAAUUGGCCGCUGCCGGGGUGUCAUCGAAAUUCACCGAAUUGAGGAGGAAGAGCAGCAUGCCCCAACAAAUUAAAGAGAAUUUCACGGAUUGCUUGGAAAUCACCAAUUUACCAUUGGCCAUAACUCCGGGACUUAAUUUAGUAAGACUGAAAAAACAAGCUACUCAAAUUGGUAAACACCUCUUGGGCCAGAUAAUUGUCCAUAUGGGUAACUUGCAUUUCGUUUCUUCGACUCUAACGCCGAGACUAGCAUUCGAAGUGAAAGAAGAACAACCGUCUUUGAAAUUAUACAAAAAGGCAGCGCCUUUGUUGACCGGCAUCGAACAAAAUAUGAAUUUAAUUCUGACGAUGGGAAGCUACAGCAUAGAUCCAAAUUCAAAAAUAAAACUCAUUACAUCUUCCGGUCUUUCCAUACACACCGACUUAGGCGCUCCGCUGCAGAAUAGUUUGGAAAUCGAAGUCGGUACAAACGUGCCAUUUAGCAGCACCAAACGUUCCUUAAGAGUACUCGCGGACGCCAUGUCGAAAGAUCAACAGGUUACCAUUCACGUACCAUGGUCGAGCAAACCCAUCGUGGUGACGUUGAGUUUCGCGCCACCUUUAGUAGCCACUUGGAAGUUAUUUACGGUGCUCAAAAGGAAGUACGUGCAAAUCACGGUGACCGGACAAUGCGACGUAGAUUUAGUGAUAUUGGGCGUUAAUUUGAACGUAGGAGAAAUGUGCGAAUUGGCGGAGAAGAAUUGCGUUUCUAGUCAAAUUAUCUCUAACGGUUCUUCUUAUUCGUACAUAUGGGAGUUGUCGAUUAAGCCCGAUGUAGAUGCUGUAAUCAAAGCAGAGUUUUCGUUAGUUUAUAGACUACUGAACCAAACGGGCGAGAAUAAAUUGUUUCAAUAUUUUUUCGAAAUAUCCGAUUAUCAGACUCUGUACAUUCUAGAUACAGUCGUAGACCCAUCGAAGGGCAGCGAAUUCUGUAAAAUAGGCAUUGUCUGUCACCUACAUUUAACGAUCGAAAACAACAUACGCUCCAAUUCCGAGGAGGCCGUUAAAUCGAUUAUGUACGAAGUGUUAGCGGAGCAAAGCGUUUGGGCUGUGUGCGGCAGGACAGCGGGAGUCGUCACAUUCGAAUCUCAAGAGCAAUUUCAAACGGUCGUGCUGGAGGUGAUGCCUUUGACUAGCGGACAUUUACCUCUGCCGCUCGUUAGAAUUUCCAAGUACAUACCGGCCGAAAGCGGUAAUUCAGAUAAAUCGAAGAAAGGGGAUUCCCAUCCGCGUUUGGAACCGUUUAGUCCGGGUCAAGUGUAUAGUAAGAGCAAGGGAAAACAGCUUCAUGUUAUAGCUAACGCCAGCGAAACUUCUCAGUAG